AUGCCAAGGAGACGCAGAGGGGGUGCUACGAAGCGAGCCCGGCCAGCGGAGGCACAGCAGCAGGUGGUGCUGGCGGCGGAAGCUGAGCCAAGGGAGGAGCAAGCUGCACAGGAGGAGGAAGACGAAGAGUGGGGCUGGUGCGACGAAGGCGGAGCGGGAGAGCUACCGUGGGAGGUUUGGGUCAACGUGCUCCAGUUCGUGUCGUGCGGUGACGUCGCCCGGUUCGGGCUCGCCUGCCGCCUCUUCAGCGCCAUCGCCGACAUUGGCAUGGUGUGGCGCACACAGGCCCGGCGGGACUGCUGGCGCGCGAUGGAGCGCUGGGGCGAGGGUGUGGUGGACCCGGCGCAGGUCGGGUGGCGGACCGCCUACCAGGCCUACGACCGCCUCCACUGGGCUCGCCUCCUCGCGGCCCAGUCCAAGAGCCUGUACCGCCCAACAACACCUCCGUGUGAUGUGGUGGCAGUUGGAGUCUUCGGCAGGAACGCGACCAACGAUUGCGUGGCCAUCUGGCGCAAAGGCCCGCCCACGCCGUCGGCGCCGAAAUGGGUGACCCGGUGGGAUUUGAACGACGGCCGGGAGGGAUGGCACCUGUGGCGCGGCGUCAAGGGCCACGCCAGCACCGUGAGCUGCGCACAAUUCGUCGACGGCACCGAUCGCCUCAUCACCGGGUCGUGGGACAAAACGAUCAAGGUGUGGCAGAACGUGUGCGACGAAGGCAAACAGGCGUCUUGCUCGACCACGCUCAGCGGGCACAAGUUCGAGGUCACCUGCCUCCGGCGGCACAAAUCGCUCCUGGUGAGUGGAUCGCAGGACAAAACGGUGGCCCUGUGGGACCUCGAGGCCGGCAAGCAGGUGCAGUCAUUCGUCGGCCACACGCACUUCGUCGAGGAGGGCGUGCGGCUGAUGAGCGCGUCGAUGGACACAUCCGUCCGCGUGUGGGACCCUCGCGCCGGACCGGCCGAGAUCGCGCGCUACGUCAUGAGCGCGCCCGUGCGCUCCCUGGCGCUGAACCACGAGGGCGACUGCCUUUACUUCUGCCCCAACCCGCACGACCACGACUGGAUCGAACUGAGAGCUGCCGAUCGGAAGGUCGCCAGGGCGAGGGCAUCGUUCUGGAGCCCGCCCGUGCGCUACGCGUCCAAGGUGGCCCUGUCGCCCUUCCGCCUGGAGGCCAACACCGACUUCGCGGUGUUUGGUGGCUCGCUUGUAUCGUUGCCGCCCGCGGGGGAGAGUGUUGGCACUGCAUCGCUCAUGUGCUACGACCCAAAACGCAGCGACGUCUUUGCUUUCGGCGGCCGGAAGGGGGUGUGCUGGACCAACUCCCAGGUCAUCGUUACAGCUGAUACGACGCGAAUCUGGAUGGCCGACAUGGGCGGCGGGAGAGGCUUCGCGACUGACCCUGACGCCGACGAGAACGUGCAGGCUCGCCGACGAUUGCAGCCCGAGAACGGUGCGGGCAAGGCGGCCGCCACGCACCUAUCCGCCUCGACGCCCACCAGCGAAGAGGUGGCCAGAGACGUGGCCCGCAUCCAGCGACAGAUCGCGGAGAUCCGCAGGGGCAAUCUCACCAGACGUCGAUGA